AAGUUUAAUUUUUUGAGUUUAGUUUUUGUUUUCGCUUCCAUCGAUCAACGUUCAACGAUAACCGAUAGGGGACAAACGAUAGCACACAUAUAAUCGAUUGACCAAACAACCCAUAAUCGAAACCAUGUUCAACUCAAACAUACCCGCCGCCUCGCUGCUCAGCAUCGAGAGCAGCGGCCUUAAUCUGGGCGCCCACACCCCCAAAACCCCCGAGAUCCUCAACUCCCUGAUCGCCAUGACCAAUCCCUUGGACAACUAUAGCUUUGCCACUGCGGCUGCCGUCUCUGCGGCAGUCUCGGCCUCAUCCGCCGCCUCCACGCCCGUCGUCAGUGUCAGGAACUUCAAUGGCCAUCCAACCAAUGGACAGUUGCAUUCGCAGGACAGCAGUCAUUCCAGUUGCUCGGCCUCGCCGCUUGAUUCGCCAGCGGGUGGGACUGCCACCAUGCCCAGUAUGCAACAGACAAAGUCGCAGCUGAUCAAAACCGGCCUGAAGCUGGCCAUCCAGAGCAAGCGCAAGCUCUCGACCUGCGACUCGAGUAGCGGCUCGGAGCAGCCCCAAUCGAAGUGCUCCCGCAGGAGCAGCAGCAUGAACAACAGCAGCAGCAUGAACAACUGCAACAACACCAGCCACAGCUACAGUCUGAACGACGACGAUUGCGAGGAGUCCAGCGAGGAUGAGGACAGCGAGACCAAGUCCACGCCCAAGGGCCUCACGCCCGAAGACGAGGAUCGGCGGAGGAGGCGCCGGGAGCGCAACAAGAUUGCGGCCACCAAGUGCCGCAUGAAGAAGCGCGAGCGCACGCAGAACCUCAUCAAGGAGUCGGAGGUGCUGGACACCCAGAACGUGGAGCUGAAGCAGCAGGUGCGCAGCCUCGAAACGGAGCGCCGCAAGCUGCUGGAGAUGCUCCAGAAUCACGCGAAUGCCAUGUCCCAGGGCUGCCUAAGGACCGGCGGGUGCCAGCUGCCUGCCGCUCUGCUACAGUCGCCUGCACAGAAGUAUUUCCCGGAAUUGGAGCUCGAGGGCCAGUCGUCAUCGGAGGUCAACCUCACGGGUUCCAUCUCUGGUUCAAGCUCGGGCUCGGGUUCCAUCUCUGGCUCUGGUUCGGUGUCGAGCAGCAGCUCGUCUUCGCAAAGGAUGAGCAUACCAUCGAUGGCGACAUUUAAGUUUGGCUCCAAGAGAACGGCCAUGGCAGCAGCAGCAGCAGCGGCAGCACAGGUCCAGCAACAGCAGCAACAGCAGCAGCAGCAGCAGCUCCCCAAUGGCUACUGCAAGCCGUCACCCAGUCCCCAGGAGUUUGAGCAUGCAGGAUACCUCAGUUCUCCCAACCAGCAGCAACAGCAACAGCAACAGCAACAGCUGCAUCAACAACCCAUGAAUCCCGCCAGCAGCAACGAACAGCAACAGCAGAGCAAUGGCAGCAGCCUCGUUGUAAGCAAUCAGCAGGUAUCCGAUUACGUCCCCAAUUGCGAUGGCCUCAGCCUGGCAUUGGGUCUAGCAUCGUUGCCACUGCCACUGCCACUCCUGCCUGCCAGCACACCAACCAGCAGCAGCUCCUCGAGCAGCAACAGCAGCAGCAAUCAGACCGGCUCGGCCGCCUCAACGCCCACCAGCAGCGCCAUUGAGUUCGUGAAGAACGAACUGGUGGACGCGCAGAGUCCCUACACCACGGCCCUCAGUGCGGAGCGUUUCUUGUUCGAGCCGAGCGACGGUUUUCCGGACAUCAAGCAUGCCGUCAGUGUCCUGCCCACCAGUGACAUCAAUAGCCUCAAUAUGGCCAGUGUUGUCCAUGCAAACAGUGGCGGGGGAGGAGCGGCAGGACACCAGCACAACAACCAGCACAUCUGCCACAACCACCAUAACAACAACAAUAACAACAACCUCCUGGUGGACUUUCAUCACGGCCUCCAGAACAAUGGCCUUGGCGUGGGCGUGGGUGUGGGCGUUGGGGUGAUGACGCCCUCCUGCUACGAUGACGAACAGCUGCUGCUGAUGAAGAACAGCUGCUUUUCCAACGAUCUGUUGUCCCAACUGGCGGGCGAUGGCACGGACUAUGUGGAUCUGGAUACCGGUGCCGCUGCCUUCCUGACCAAUGGGGGCUGCCUGGCGUGA